AUGCUCCUCUCGGGCGAAGUCAGUGGUGAGGCCCCGAGAGCGCUCAACCUAAGAGAAAGACUCGACCGAUGGAUGGUGAACGAGGGUUCGAGGCGGAUGGUUGUGGGCGUUUUUGUGCUGGUUCACGCGUUCAUCUUCACGUUCGGCUUCUUGAACUAUCAGCUGAAGGACAACCUCACCGGCCCUCGGAGGACCUUUGGCUUCACUUUCGCCGUUGCGAGAUCGUCCGCCCUCGUCCUGCAUUUCGACAUCGCCCUCAUCCUCUUCCCCGUUUGCCGCACCCUCAUUUCACUGUUACGACAAACGCCACUGAACAGCAUCGUUCCAUUUGACAAAAACAUCACCUUCCACAAACAGGUCGCCUAUUCCAUCGUUUUCUUCUCAUGGCUCCAUACGAUCGCUCACAUCAAGAACGUUGGACAACUUGCCAUCAACGCCAAGAUCGGCUUCGUUGGCUUUUUGAAACUCGGCUUCCUCACUGGACCCGGCUGGACCGGCUGGGUGAUGCUCAUUGCCUUGAUGGCCAUGUUUUUCACUUCAAUCGAAAAACCCAGAAGAGCAAAUUACGAGCGCUUCUGGUCCACCCACCACCUCUUCGUUCUCUUCUUCGUCAUGUGGUCGAUCCAUGGCGCUUUCUGCAUGAUCAAGCCCGACACCGCCCCCUUCUGCAGUGGUAUCGGUGUCUUUUGGGAGUACUGGAUGUUUGGUGGCUUCGCAUAUCUACUGGAAAGAAUCCUCCGUGAGAUUCGUGGACGCCACAAAACCUAUGUCACAAAAGUCAUCCAGCAUCCCAGCAAUGUUGUGGAGAUUCAAAUGCACAAGGAAAAAACCAAGACGCGUGCCGGUCAAUAUAUCUUCCUGUGCUGUCCUGAAGUUUCCAUCUGGCAGUAUCACCCCUUUACCUUGACUUCCGCCCCUGAAGAAGACUACAUCUCGGUGCACGUCCGUAUGGUGGGUAACUUCACCAAAGCACUGGGCAAAGCUCUAGGCUGUGAAGAGGGCAAGGGAGGUAAAGGGGGUGGUGAGAAGAAGCAACGCUCCGAAGUGGUCUCCAUGGCGCCUGGUGGCCUGACGAAACUGCUUCCGAGAAUCUACAUAGAUGGACCUUUCGGCUCCGCCUCGGAAGACGUCUUCAAAUUUGAGACCGCAGUACUGGUCGGUGCCGGUAUCGGUGUCACCCCCUUCGCUAGUAUUCUCAAGAGCAUUUGGUACCGUAUGAGCACGGGAUCAGGGGGCAAGACAAGACUGCGCAAGGUCUACUUCUUCUGGAUCUGUCGUGACUUUGGCAGUCUGGAGUGGUUCAAAUCGUUGCUAAUGGCAAUCGAGGCACAAGACAAAGCGCACAACAUUGAGAUCCACACGUACCUAACAGCCAAGAUUACUGCCUCGGAUGCAAGCAACAUCAUGCUCAACAGCAGCGACACGGACGCUGUCACGGGCUUGCGUACACCGACCAACUUUGGUCGUCCUAAUUGGGACAUGGUCUUCCGUGCCAUCCGCAAACUGCAUUCCCCUGGUGAGGCUGGCGUCUUCUUCUGCGGUCCCAAAGGCCUUGGCUCUCAGCUCCAUGUCAAGUGUAACAUGUACUCUGAGGGUGACAAAGGCUUCAGUUUCGUCUGGGGCAAGGAGAAUUUCUAA